UACGGUGAGUAAGCCGUAUUCCAAAACUCAUUGAAAAAAAGGUGUUGCAAGUGAUUGCAAAUGGUGGAAUUAUUGUUCUAAGGUAAAUUAAUACACAAUGGCAACAUCAAAGACCACCAAUACGUAUAAUAGACAAAAUUGGGAAGAUGCGGAAUUCCCAAUAUUAUGUCAGACGUGUUUAGGAGACAAUCCAUACAUUCGUAUGACAAAGGAGAAAUAUGGAAAGGAAUGCAAGAUAUGUAUGCGACCAUUUACAGUAUUUAGGUGGUGUCCAGGAGCAAGAAUGAGAUUUAAGAAAACCGAAGUUUGUCAGACAUGCAGUCGAUUGAAGAAUGUCUGCCAAACGUGUUUAUUGGAUUUGGAAUAUGGUUUACCUAUUCAAGUUCGCGAUGCUGCUUUGAAAAUUAAAGAUGAUUUACCACGUUCGGAUGUAAAUAAGGAAUAUUAUGUACAAAACAUAGACAAUGAAAUUGGAAAGAUUGAUCCGACAACACCUGCCGGUGCUGUAGGCAAAUCUGCUGCAGCUAGUGAUCUGCUGAUGAAACUGGCUAGGACGAGUCCUUAUUAUAAGAGAAACAGGCCACACAUUUGCUCGUUUUGGGUAAAGGGUGAAUGCAAGAGAGGCGAAGAAUGUCCUUAUCGACAUGAGAAGCCAACAGAUCCUGAUGACCCAUUGGCAGAUCAGAACAUAAAAGAUCGUUACUAUGGUGUCAACGAUCCAGUGGCAGAUAAACUGAUGCGCAGGGCAGCAGCUAUGCCUAAACUAGAUCCACCAGAGGAUAAAUCUAUCACAACAUUAUACAUUGGUAAUCUGGGUGACGUAUUAACAGAGAAACAGCUGCGCGAUCACUUCUACCAAUAUGGCGAGAUUCGCUCAGUAACUAUGGUGCCGCGUCAGCAAUGUGCCUUCAUCCAAUAUACACAGAGAAGCGCUGCCGAAGCGGCAGCAGAAAGGACCUUUAAUAAACUGAUAUUGGGUGGAAGGCGGCUAACUAUAAAAUGGGGCCGUUCACAGGGAAGGCAGACAGUGUCAGCAGCAGAAGUAACGAGAGAGAUUCUUGAACCUGUCCCAGGAUUACCUGGUGCAUUACCACCACCACCACCACCGGAAAGCAUAGGUAGCAACUUCUUCAAUCUGCAAACCACUCCCGGUAUGAUGCCGCCAAUGAUGAUUCCACCACCACCAGUUGUUCCUCAAUUUAUGUUUCCACCGCAAAUAGCAACUGCUGCUGCGGCUGCUGCGGCUGCUGCUGCUGCUGCUGCACCAAUUUUUCCUCCAGGAACUACCCCCAUUCAUUAUCCAAGUCAAGAUCCGUCCAGGAUGGGUGCAUCACAGGGUAUAGGCAAACCUUGGCCGGAGGAAUAAUAUAAUAAUAAUAAUGCUAUAUGUCAACUUUUUAUCUAAUUAUAUAACGUUACUUGAAGAAGAAUAUAUCA